AUGAUAUCGCCAUGUUGUGGUAAAAGGGAUAAGAGCAUCGCUGCAGUCCCUAUCAAGAGAGCGGAUACCUCGACGCGCCAUCAACUUCGUAUGGCCGACAUAAUGGAUGACGAUGAUGAGAUGCUCAAUGAUUUUAUAGAAUCCAUCAGAAGGGCUGGGAGGCGUGCUUCGAAUGAUGUGCCUGUGGAUCUCCUGUACGAAGGCUCAGCGUUGAAAGGGAGGUUCCGUCUGGAGAUGCCAAGUGCGGACGAUUUCAAACUAACAUUCGCUCUAGAUGGAUCCAGAAGCGACGCCACUGAGUUUGUGUUUAUGCAGGAACUCAUCACGACAGUGGCAGUCGGUCUCGGCAGAACGCCCUCUUGGGACGGCUUUCUUCCUUCUGAUGACGCCAAGGUGGACUCUAACGGUGUAGUCCUCGUAGCGUUCGCUACUGCAGCCAACGUGAAGGAAAUGACUACGAAGUUUGCUGAGGUGCUGAGGCGGUGCCUCACGUGUAAGGUCGGCGCUGCUCCCAUCCAUAAGAUGGACAACUUGAUGCGGACCACACCACUAGCUGCUCUGCUCACAACCACCAUGGACCUCGGUCGCAAUUAA